CUCUUUCCUCAGCUGCUCACAGUGGAAAGAUCAUGGGAGAAGAAGGGAAGAAAGACGAUGCAGAUUAUAAGAGACUACAAACCUUCCCUCUGAUCAGACACUCAGACAUGCCAGAGGAGAUGAGAGUGGAGACCAUGGAGUUAUGUGUCACCGCCUGUGAGAAAUACUCCAACAACAACGAGAGUGCUGCCAAGAUGAUCAAGGAGACCAUGGACAAGAAGUUUGGUUCAUCCUGGCACGUGGUGAUUGGUGAAGGCUUCGGCUUUGAGAUUACCCACGAGGUGAAGAAUCUGCUGUACCUAUACUUUGGGGGCACCCUGGCCGUGUGUGUCUGGAAAUGCUCCUGACACAGGCCCCCCCCUGCCCCCU